AUUUUCUUUUUAGUAUAGACGUUUUGUUUUCACUUUGUGAAAUGUGUGUUUUCUAGUCUUACUGAAGAGUCGACAGAGAGGGGAGAGGAAGUGAAAUGACAUAGGGUAGAACAAUUAAGCCAAGAAAACAUUUUAAUCAGUCAAACAAUAGCAGAAAUUAUCUAAACAAAUUAAUGUAGUUGAGAAAUAAAAUACACAAUGACAAAGCUUUGCACGUGCUAAAUGCCAUAAAAUAUAAAAUAACAAAAUAAAAUAAUAUAAAGCAAUUUGAUUUUUAUUUAAAGCUGAUAUCAGUUAAAUUAUUAGCAAACUUUCUGUUUUAGAAAAAAAUUAAAUCUUUCAAUUAUAUUUUUCACCACUAAAAAUUAUUUAUAACUAUUUCUUUAUAUGUUCUUGUUUAAUUUGCUAUUUCUGAUUUGUAAACAGAAUUUUAAAGUUAUUUUUUUUAAUUGUUUUUGUCAGACACAAAGAGCUGUGACACGUUUGUUGAUUGCACGGAAGAGUUUAAGUGUUGCACAAGAAGUCCGUUUGAGUCCAAAUGAGAAAAUACGGUUUAAUGUCAUAAGAUGUUUUCUUUUUUUUUUCUUUUAAAGUAAUAAUUCUAUUUCAUUUUCACACGACUCUUAGGGUUCCGUCAGAGCUUUACAGUGUUAUUUCAUAAAGUUAGUUUUAAAGUAUAAAUUAAAUCAGCGAAUCAGGAGAAUUCUUUGCUCUUCGUCUGCUCCGUGAAGAGGUUUGAUGAAGUUAGUGUCGUGUCAGACGCUGCUAAUGGAGGACAGCCAUGGAGAUCAGCCAUGUGAUGAGGAAAAUACCAACUUCAUGUGACCCACGGUGCAUAAGGAGAGACAAACAUCUGUUUGUGUUGUUUUCUCCAGUCAGCGCUGAGUCACCGAGGAGGCUCCAACAGCCAGUACAGAUCACCUUCCCUCUGGUUGAAACUCCAGUGAAGUCAGCAUGCAUACCAUCAAAACAGUGGAGACCCAGGUGCCCAUCCUGAAAGAGAGUUUCUUCACCACCACUUUUAAAGGUCGGAGGAAGAGUAGCAUCACAACCGCCCUGCGUAAACAACAUCAGCCUGUCAUCAGCGAGCCUGAACAGGGCACUUUAGAUGGCCAGAGUUCUGGAGAAAUUCAGCCCCACUCAGAUGGAAAAGGUCAGAAGCAGCACACUGCUGCCGGGCCACACAGAUUCAGCCGAUCAACCAGCGUGCCGGUAUGCAACACAGCUGAGCGUGCUGGAGCAGAUGGGGAAGGAAAGGAGGGGCAGAAGGAGAGGAAGGAUCAGAGAGUGAAAGAGGCUGUGCAUGGGAGGGGGAGAAAGCAUUCAGUCAGUGGUAACAAGCCCGAGGCUGUCAGUGCCAGUCUCCUCCUCCCUUCAUCAUCAUCAUCUGCAGCAUCAGUGUCACCGGGGGAGGCAGCGUCACCAUCACAGCCAGCGUUAACCUCAGUGGGCAGACAGCGAGGAUUAAGCAGCUCUGGUUCUACAACCAUCAGCAGAGGAGCAGCAUCACUCACAGCACAGGAGGAUGCCAGGCGUGCCCAACCUCGAACCCAGCAGUAUGGCCUGUUAGCCAAGGGUGUCCGCUUGCUCAGGAACAUGGGUAACCAGGAGACGAAGCAGAAGAAAGCAAGUGUUGAAGCAGCAGCAGAUGUCUCCUGUGAGUGUGAUGAGGAUGAAAAUGAGGUGGACAAAAAAUCCAAAAAGCCUUUUGGCAAGAUGAGCAAAGGAAAGGGUGAGAGCAGCAGUAAGAAGAAGACAAAGUCCGAGUCAAAGGGUUCAGUUUUCUCUGGCAUCAGGAAGAGUUUGUCCAAGACCAGAGGCUUGUCAAAGGACGACUUAUUGGAAGAUGGUGUCUCUGCUCACUCGAGUAAAACAGGCGUCAAAUCCAGAAUAAGCACGAGUCUGUCCACAGACGAGUUGGAAAUGUUCUCGGAUACAGAGGCUGAGGUGAGCCACCUGACCACAGAGAGUCACCAGCCUGUAAUGGGUGAGUUUAGAGAGAAAAACGGCUCUCUGUCGGAUGCUGACCUCUACAGUUUUCACUCUGCAAUUGCAGAAAAUGACAACCUUCUGUCAGAGAUCCAGCUCAACAUGAAAGACCAGUUCAUGACCAGUGAAGUAAGUGGUUAUUUAUUUGAAAAACUGAAUGUAGAAGAUGGAGAUUUUGAGAAGGAAACAUCUCAGCAGCUAUUUAAGGUGGAACAGGAAGAUGGAAGAGACAGUGUUGGUCAGGAAAUAGAACCCAAAGAUGGGAAAAUGAAUGAAGAAAAGUUUGAUAGACCCUUGUUGGGAAGCUCUGGGUCUGUGAGUGAUGGUACUCCAUCACCCUCAACCCUGGAUGUAGACAGAAGUUGUGACAAUGUUUUCCCAAAGACUAACAGCACAUAUAGUUUCGCUGACACCACAGCCACGACUACCUCAUAUGAAAGUGCAGAGGAACUACUAGAAGACCUGGAGAGCCCGGUCUGUUUCCCACAGCUCUGUGGAAGUGAUCAGAGCAAAGACGAGUAUGUACCAUGUGUCGACCUGGAGCCGGUGGAACCAGGACUGGGCACGAGGGGAGCUCACAAAAGUGCAAGCAGUGUGGAUCUGUCGAUGGAGAACAGGGAAGAAGAAACAGGAAGACGAGAUUUCUUCUCUCUGCAGAGAAAGAAGAAUAGUUUUUCUCUCCUGCUAACAGAUAGUCCUCCUGAUUCCCAACCGAGGAGAACCUCCUCCAGCUCCCUCUCUGCUGUCAAACUCUACCCUCCAGUCCAUCCUUCGUAUAUCAAGACCACCACCAGACAGCUCACCUCUCCAAUUGGCUCUCCCAUCACUACGCCGCUAUCGCCCAGAAAAACGGACGCCACAGAUCGUCCAGUGGAAUUCAUCGAGGCUCAGGAGGUCAGGAGGUACAAGCAGAGGUCCUCCUCCAUCGCUGGGCCCAUCAGCGUUCCUGCAGAUUGGUCCCCGGUGUUGGUAGAGCCAAGACUGCCAGGUGCUGAGGUCAGUUUCUUGGAGCAGACACAGGAGAAGGGUCACGUGGGUGGGACGUACUGGACGCUGGGCUCCAGGAGGCAGCAAUACACACGACAGAACUCCACCAACACGGUUCCCUAUGUGGACGUCUUCUCAGGUCGUACUUUGUUGGACAGGCUGUGUAUGCAGUGUGGAGAAGGAUCUACAGAGGACGAAGCAAAGAGCGUGUGUCACCGACUGCUGGUCCAGGGUCUGCUGCAGAACUACAGUAACAGCUCCACGGCCCAACACAGUGACACUGCACCAGCAGUAUUUCAAGAAGACCAGUUGUACACAUGGGCGUCCGUGGGCCUGCCAGUCUCCCCCAACCUGUGGGAGUUCUCCGGAAGCCGCAGUGGAAACAGAACGCAGGGCCUGAGAUCAACUUUGAAUCAUUCAUCAGGCAAGACACCAGGAGCCUUAAACUCCCAGACAGAGUCCAGCAGGUUGAAGUCACCUCAGUCUUCCUCAGAAGAUGAAAGCUGUGUGAUUCCUCAGCUGGAGCGAACCAUCAGUGACCUCCAGAUGAAGAUCGCUGCCUUGCACCAGGCUUCCUCAGCCAAAGGCAGCAGAGAGAAAGUGGGAUCUCCGGGUGCCUUACAGUUGAGAGAGGGGACCACCACUGGCAUGAGCCAGGAGGUGUCAGUCCAAACCUCACCUGUGGAGGAGGGCGUGAAGUUUGAUGUGCCUUUGAGCAGAGGAUCCGGCAGGGCCUCGUCCUCUGUCCCUAAACCUACAGAGAACUUUGUUUGCACUUGCCAAAAGCGCAACAACCUUCCAAGUGUGCCUCCACCUCUACCACCGCCACCACCUUUGCCCAUUACUCUUAAAACACCACCACCACCACCUCCUCCUCCACCACCACCACCAGGUUUUGGACCACCACAACCUCCUCCCCUUCCUGGUUGUGGACCUCCACCCCCACCUCCACUGCCUGGUAUGGGCCCUCCUCCACCUCCUCCUCCACCACCACCACCAGGUUUUGGACCACCACGACCUCCUCCGCUUCCUGGCUGUGGACCUCCACCCCCACCACCUCCACUGCCUGGUAUGGGCCCUCCUCCUCCCCCCUUUCUGCCUGGAAUAGGCCCCCCACCUCCACCUCCACCCCCAGGCUUUGGGCCUCUGCCUCCAACGGGCCCCAUGCCCCCCAUGUUGGUCCAGGAAGCUGCCUCUGCCAAGGCCGUGAUUGAGCCCCCCAAGCCAAUGAAGCCCCUCUACUGGACACGCAUUCAGCUGAAUGCUAAAAAACAGCCUUCUCCUCUGGUGUGGGAGAACAUCGAGGAACCCACUGUGAACUUCGAUGAAUUUGUGGAGUUGUUCUCUAAAGGUUCCGUCAAGGAGAAGAAGAAACCCAUUUCUGACACAAUCAGCAGGUCAAAGGCCAACCAGGUGGUGAAGCUUCUGAGCAACAAACGUUCGCAGGCCGUGGGAAUAUUGAUGUCCAGUAUUCAUCUGGAUAUGAAAGACAUCCAGAAUGCCGUCCUAAAUAUGGACAACGCUGUCGUGGAUCUGGAGACUCUGCAAGCCCUUUAUGAAAACAGAGCCCAAACGGAGGAGUUGGGAAACAUCGAGAAGCACAUGAAGUCCAGUAAAAAGGAGGAAACCAAACAACUGGACAAGCCCGAACAGUUUCUGUUCCAGUUGUCGCAAAUCCCCAACUUUUCUGAACGGGUCUUCUGCAUCCUGUUCCAGUCCACUUUUCAGGAGUGCAACGCCUCGGUCCUGCGCAAAGUUCAGAUCCUUCAGAGAGUGUGUACGAUCCUCCAGGGUGGUAAGUGUAUAUUGCAGGUGCUUGGCCUGGUGCUAGCUUUCGGCAACUACAUGAAUGGUGGUAAUCGCUCUCGUGGGCAGGCUGACGGCUUCUCCUUGGACAUUCUGCCAAAGCUGAAGGAUGUCAAGAGCAACGAUAAUUCGCGCAGUCUUUUGUCCUACAUAGUUGCUUACUAUCUGAAGCACUUUGAUGAGGAUGCUGGCAGAGAGACAUCUGUCUACCCUCUGCCUGAGCCCCAGGAUCUUUUUCAGGCCUCUCAGAUGAAGUUUGAGGACUUUCAAAAAGAUUUGCGCAAGAUGAGAAAAGACCUGAUCGCAUGCUCAGCUGAGACUGAGAAAGUCUGCAAAUUGUCAUCUGAAGAGAACCUACAACCUUUUAAGGACAAGAUGGACACCUUCCUGAGCCAAGCUAAGACAGAACUGGAGGCUCAGGAGAAGCAGCUGUCAGACACCCAGAAAAUCUUCUUGGAGUUGAGCAUGUCGUUUUCAGUCAAACCAAAGGCUGGAGAGAAAGAGGUCUCUCCAAACACUUUCUUUUCCAUUUGGCACGAGUUUUCGACAGAUUUCAAAGAGCAGUGGAAAAAGCAGAAUAGGCUGAUGUUACAGGAACGUCUCAAAAUGGCUGAGGAUUGCUUCAGACAAGCCAGGGAGAAGGCGUCCUACAGUGUGAAACCCAAACAUGCAACUGGAAUUAAAGCAAAGCUGGGUCAGAAGAUCUGAAGCAGAAAAUGGAAAAUGAUCAUCAUCAAGCCCUGUUGCACAAGCGCUGUUUGUACAAUCUUAGCAUGAGUCACCAGUCAUUUUUACAUUUAUUUGCUUCCCGUAUUUGUUUACACAUGAUUUAGAGCUGUUUUUAUAAAGCAAUGUUCAAAGUGGACAUUAUGAGGAAAUUGUAUUGUUUGAACAUGGAAUUAAGCAGAGAGAAAAAAAGGAAAAAAGAAUCGGUUUCUCAGCCAGCUUUUUUAUAGCACUGGCCAGAAAUGUCGGUAAGACAUCAUUAAGCUGUGAUGAUUAAAUCGAAAUGAGUCAUUUGUCAGAGAAAUGUAAACUGUGUAAUUUGUAGCAACACUAUAUCAAAGCUUUCUCCGUGUUGAAAAGGCCAUCUGUAGUUUAUUUUCAUUUUAUUCCAAUGUCCAAGGAUUUUUUUACACAGACCAAAUACAUUCCUUCUGUUUUCUCCUUUAAUGGAGAACAACACAGAACGUUUUUAUUCUCCUUUUCUACAAGAUGAUCCUGGAUCACCUGCCAAACAAACAGUGCCUUAUCGCACAGUAGUGGUUCGAUGGCUGAUCUAAGAUCAGUUUUUUGACUGUUAUAUGUCAACGAGAUUAGUCAACAUUACACAGUGUGAGGUCUACAAACAUAGAGACCUUACGCUGUGUUUUUUAUAAUGUGUUUUAUUUAAGUUGAAGUACGUGAAUGCAUCACAGUCUAUGCAUUUUUCUUUUGUCUAAGAGUGUGAAUCCUAUUAUACGGUUAUUA